AUCCGCGCGGUGUGACUGUGACGAUGAUGACGCCGACGACGACGAGUGCCGAUUCUAGUAAACACUAAAUACAUGGUUCCACCUUGUAGGUUCCGGAGAUGUUACACCAUUAGUAUCUGAUUCUUCGCCUGGGACGGUCGAAAAUUUCACACUUUCUCGCGGGCGCGUGGCAAAAGUUUGGCCUUCCUGUUAUCCGUUCAGUGCUGUUUGAGAAGAAAAAAAAAUUAACAAUGGGUCUAACUUCAAGGAACUUUGUUAGAAUGUGAGCCUCAAACGGUUAGAAAAAGAUUUCAAAUAUGAAAACCAGAAUAACGCUAGCUGCUGUAGUUAUUUUUUCUCUCAUCAAUAUCGCUCAAUCUAGUAGGCGGUCAACUCCAGUAGAAGUGUUUGACAGUUUUUCAAGUUACAUUACCGAAGAUCACUGCCAGCAGGAUGACGCCGAUCUGUGGCAACAGGAGAAGAUCGUCAUCUCGCCGGACUGUUUGUGUCCUCCGGGGUUCAUGGCCCUGGCCAGUGGAAACAGGAAAAUGUUUUGCGUCCUGGUAACGGCCCCCAGGGCGUGGAGUGAUGUUUGCGUUCAGGCCGGGUGUAUGGAUGAUUAUUACGAUAUUACUGUGGCUGAGCGCCUGGCACUGAACAAGUUCCUUCGCAAUAGCAACGUAACGCAGUUCUGGAUCGCGGUGCAAAGGGGUGAAGCGUUUGGAUUGCCGCUGAGAAAACUCCCGGGCAAAAAGUGGGGCGCACCAUUGACGUUCACCGAUGACUACGACCUGGAGCUCAACACUGCCUACCCUGGACAAUGUCUCAAAGCCAGCAUAGCCGAGAGCCACUUCAAGGCCAACUUCGAUGACUGCAACGCCAUCUAUCCGCAGCUGUGCAUCUAUAAGCGUCGAACUCUGCUGGCACUGCACUGUCCUACGAAUGAGUACACCACCCGAUAUUCCACCUAUCAGGAUCAAUGCUUCACGGUUGUGAGGUCAAGUGUGGCUCAAAACCAAAGCCUACUGUUUCAAGUGUCCGACCACCGCAAGUAUACGUUGUAUCAGCAGCUGGUUGAAAAAUGUAAGGCCAAAUGUAAUCAUAGCUUGGUUCAGCAUGCCAAUAUCAACGCUAGCGGCCAACUGUCUAAUUACUCGACCAUAGGAGGCGAUGGCAUCAUGACGUUUUCGCCAAGCAUCGACUGUGUCGUUUAUGAACGUAACCAUAGUGCCGGCUACUGGAAGACUCCCGCGAUUAAUCUCAGCUUCGAUCGUGCCCAUCGACGUUUGACGAUGACCAUCGCUCAUCCCCGGUUUUUGUGGCGUGACAGUUGGGGAGAUGUUGGGGUCGUUUGCUACACCGAUGCCGAUUCAGAACUGCUGCGGGAAGUCAAGAUCCAGCGCCGGAUUUGGCCACCUGCAGGUAAAAGUCGGGACGAUCGUCGGCAGCUGUGGGAUGUCCAGGAGCAUCUUUGGGAGGAUCACGAAAUUUACGAGCUGAAGUUGUAUGGGGAUUUUCCGGGGUUGUACUGGUGCGAGGGACAUGCGGUACCGAAGUUUCAGCUGAUUAAGUCGGACAAGAUUGUGGCCCAGAAAAAGGAGGCCGAUGUGCACAUCUUUUCCGUUUUCUUGCAGCUGAAGGUUGAAGAUAUUGAAGAUUUUUUGGACAAGAAGUAUUUCAAAAAGUUGGUGAAGGGUUAUCUGGACUAUUUGAAAUCCUGUGAAAGGGAUGAUGUUCGGGGUGUAGUGAAGCGUAUCAAAGCGAUGCAAGUGAUGAGGGUGCUGUCUGUGGAUGAGAGUCAAGAAAGACUUGAACUGGUGGUACAUGUUGCUGCGAAAUACGAUCGAAAGGAUUUGGAGGCCUAUGGUACAGACGAUUUUUUGGACCGCGAACCCAAUGAUCUGGUGCGGCGCCAAUACAGUCUCAAAGAACGGCUCCGCAAGGCGUUUCUCGCCACCAGCAACGAGCAGUUCCGAUUCCUCGGGAUCAACAGUACCGAGGUGUGUCUGCCGGAUAGCAUCGACGAGGACAAUCUCCCGUGGCCAGCGGCUCGAAUUGGCCAAACCGUCACACCUCGGCACCUGUGCCUGAUCAAAUCCAGCGGUCUUCCGUUGGCCCGGAAAUGUCUCGGUGAUCGAACUUUGGGCGGUGUCUGGCAACGUCUUCAGGGAAGCCCAAAAUGCACCAAAAACCUCAGCGAUCACACCCGUCGCCUGUACAAUUUCAACGCACGGGUCCUGGAAGCGGAAGCCUCGGGGCAAAUUGAUGGAUUGCUGGAGGAAAUCGGCACUGCCGUUGAUGUAGGAAUGGACCAUCUCAUCCCGGCGGAUGUCUUCUACCUGUCCCAAGCUCUGGACAACGUUCGCGGUACCCUGUCGUCCGGGAGAAGGUCCGAUAAUGGCUCUUCGGCCAUCGACCAGCAACCGAUGGCAAUCAAUGACGGCGCCAUUAAAAGUGAAAGUUUUUUCUGCUCCCUGACGGCUAUCCUCAACCGGGUGAUGUACGUAAACGAGUCGAUUGUGCUUCGAUCGCAAGUGGCACUCAAUGCGACAAACAUCCUGCUGGAUUCAGUCGAUGACAUCAUUAAUCAAUUAUCGGUCAAUUCGGGUGCGUUGGGUGAUUUACUGUCCCGGGAGGGCGGGAUGGCGCACGAUUGUCGAAGGAAGACGAAUGAUGACCCGGAAACGACGACGACGACGAGGGACCGGAAUCGACGGGACACAUUAUCCGGUGGGACGGUUCUGUUCCGCACUGCCCGGUUGAUUCUGCUGGUGACCGAUCCGAUGGCGGCCGCGGAAGGUGGAAGGAAAAUUUCCGGCUUGGCACUGAUAAGAAAUAAUGCGACCAGCAACGACACCAUCGAGGAAGAUAAUUUCAACGGGUACGAUAUCAGACUCCUUUCGACGGACGAAUCGGAAAGUGACCUGAUGGCCACGGAAAAUCUGGAAAUUGCCAGCUUCGUACCGCAGGAGCUUCUGGACAAGAUUUUCCUGCUAAGACAGCAGAUUAAUGCAGUCAUUGAUGUCACCGACGGCGACGGAAAUCCCAAUGGUACUUUGGCCGAGACUAUCAGCGAACCGGUGGACGUUCCGCGGCCGCCUCCCCUAAAGGUGGUGAUCACAGUCUACUUCAACGAUCACAUCUUUCGUGAAACAAGCAAUGGAACGAUCCGACGGGCUGGAGGAAAAAUUAUCAGUGUCAGCAUUCCGGGCUACGGAUCGGAUUUACCCGGGGAGCUUCCAGUGUUGAUACGAUCUGAAGCCGUUGGAAAUGGAUCUUCCGGUGAAGGAUUGUGUGGGUUCUGGGACUUUGACCCUGUUGAUCAGGGGGCGGCAGAUGAUAAUGGAAUGCCCCGGUGGGGAUCCAGAGGAUGUACUCUUGGCGAUAGUCGAGAGGAUGAGGGUCUGUAUCUGUGCAAGUGCUCACAUUUGACGUCUUUUUCGAGGCUGAUACUGGAUACUCAGGUGAUCGAAACCGUUGGGAUAUCACAAAAGUACAUCGGGGUGGAGACGAAUGAAUUUUUAGAUCUGAUAACGACGAUCGGAUGUUCAUUUUCCCUGCUGGGAGUCGCUGCGAUUGUGUUGACCGCAUUUUUGUUUCCCAGCUGGAGAAGUACGGCGAACUCCAAGAUAUUGCUGCAACUUUCGGUGGCCCUUGGGAUCGAGAUGAUCGUGAUCUUUCUGGACGGACCAGAUAUUGAUCUCUCGGAAGGGAACAAUAGUACAGAGAUCAGGUGCACGUUGCUCGGAGCAUCUCUUCACUAUAUCAUAUUGGUGACCUUCAUGUGGAUGCUAGUCAUUGCCUAUCUUCAAUUCCAGCGCUACGUCAAAGUAUUGGGUAAGCUAAGGCCUUCGCGUUGCAUCUUGAAGGCAACCUUGCUCAGCUGGGGGCUUCCUCUGGUCAUCGUACUAACAUUCGUAGGAAUAGAUUACACCUUGUACCACAAGAAGACGAGCAUAUCGGACAUUUGCUAUCCCCAUGAGGAGGCCCUAACCGUGGGCCUUCUGGUUCCGAUAACGAUCGUGAUCAUCGCCAAUAUGACCAGCUUCGUGCUGAUCACCUACAACGUAUUCAGCGUUCCGCAAAAUCUCACCAGAUCCUCGGAACGAGAUCUCACUGUGUCGCAGCUGCGGCUGUCCCUGUUCCUCUUUUUCCUGCUCGGACUGCCGUGGAUUUUCGGCAUGAUGAUGAUCAGUGGUCAGAUCGUGUUCGCUUAUCUGUUCUGCUUUACGGCUCCUCUGCAAGGCUUCAUCCUGUUCAUCUACUUCAUCCUCAUGGAACCGACCGCUCGCAAGCUGUGGGCCAUCAAACUCAAACUUCGCGAUCCCAAGUCCAAAAAUGCCGAAAUGACCACCACCACCACUACAUCAACCAAGUAAAAAUGUCCGUGUCCUGUGUCAGUGCUUCACUAAGUGUAAGGAAAAUGCCAAAAAAACGUUCGCCGUUCAAUAAAGAACUUGCUUAUCUCAGUGUCUAGCUUAACCACACAAAAAAAUCAA